AUGAUGGUAGGGAGUAGCAGUGAAAAAAAGAUACCACUAUAUGAUGAACAGAAUGACUAUAUAAAUGAAGAUCAUAUCAGUGAGUUUGCGAAAGCGUUAGUAUGGCAGGACUAUGAUGACGUAUCGACUACAGCACCAACAACUCCAUUAAAUGGCCCACUUGACAUGGGUGAUCUAUCACUGCUGGGUGGUGAACUCGGCAAUGGUUCUGACGAUGUUGUUGUUGGUGACGACGACGACGACGAUGAUGAUGAUGAUGAUGAUGAUGAUGAUGAUGAUGACGACAAAACUAAAUACUCUUCGCCUCAGCUAAAAGCAGCUCAAGAGAUUAAUGACGAAGCUACAGAAAUUGGGGCAGUUCCAGCAACCACAAAGCCUGACUUAAUCUCUUCCAAAAAUGACUGGUUCCCCAUCAACAGCGAAAACUUAAACCCAAACUCAAAACGAACUAAAUUUGCAAAAUCCUCAAAAUCCUCCAAAUCAAAAAGUACGUCGCCUAUAAGGGCUUUGCAGAACGAGUUUCGAAAUAGUGCCUCGUUCACAUUGUUACGAUGGCCAAUCUUAACAUUUGUCGUGAUAUGGGUAACAAUUUUGGGCUUUCUAUACUUGGCAGUCCGUGUUUAUGUAGCUUUACUGGAGUACUUCUUCACAUGGACCGGGGAGAGGAAAAGAUUGAGAGACAAGUUGAGACAGUCAACAACAUACAAGGAGUGGAUUGAAAAUGCCAAAGAAUUGGACAAGUAUUUGGGCCUAGACAAAUGGGCUACAAACCCUAAGUUUUCGUACUAUGACUCUCAAACAGUACAACUCACUAUAAAUAAAUUGAAGAAAGCACGAUUAAACAAUAGCAUGCCAGAGUUGUUGAUUUUACUUCAAGGGUGUCUCAAGAGAAACUUUGCCGGCAUUGAAAAUCGUCAAUUGUACUCUCAUAUGUACUAUGGUACCAAGAACUUGGUUCAAGACUAUUAUAAGGAAGUUGUUAUUUGCAUCAACAAGGUUAUUGAGUCUAAUGAAAUCAAUUCUGAGACAAAAUAUAAAUUUUUCAAAACAGUGCUGCAAAACUUUGGUAAGUCAGCAUUAUGUCUCAGUGGUGGUGCGUGCUUUGCGUAUACACAUUUUGGUAUCGCAAAAGCCUUGCUAGACCAGGACUUGCUUCCCAAUAUUAUUUCAGGAACUUCUGGCGGGGGGCUUAUUGCUGCUCUACUUUGUACGAGAACAAAUGAGGAAUUGAAAAAACUUUUGGUUCCACAACUCGCGAGGAAAAUCACCGCGUGUGAGGAUCCAUGGUAUGUGUGGAUUCCACGAUUGCUCAAGACUGGAGCUAGGUUCGAUUCGGUAGCUUGGGCGCGAAAAUCCAAUUUUUUUACCAAAGGAUCAACAACUUUUGAAGAAGCAAUGGCAAUGACAGGAAGGAAAUUGAAUAUUAGUACCGUCCCAGCUGACCCUCAUUCGCCCGUCAUUUUGUGUAACGAUAUCACUUCACCUCAUUGUAUCAUAUGGUCAACAUUACUUGCAUCUUCAGCGGUUCCAGGUAUCUUGAACCCUGUGGUAUUGAUGAUGAAGAAUCCAGUUAAUGGUGCAGUUGUACCAUUUUCCUUGGGAAGUAAAUGGAGAGAUGGCUCUCUAAGGACAGAUAUACCUAUCGAUGCAUUGAACACUUAUUAUCACGUCAACUUUACUAUUGUUUCCCAAGUCAACCCUCAUAUCUCAUUGUUCUUUUUUGCACCAAAGGGCACAGUCGGUAGACCUGUUUCCAUGUCGAAAAGGAAGACCGCAAAGGAAAAGUUUGCAUCAUUCCGAGGGGGGUUUAUUGCCACGGCAUUGGAGCAAUUAUUCAGACUUGAAAUAAAAAAGUGGCUCCAAAUUGUGAAAUCCUUGGACUUGCUACCACACGUUUUACAACAGGAUUGGUCGAAUGUAUGGUUGCAAAAUUUCACGGGUACCAUCACCAUUUGGCCAAGAAACCGUUUAAUUGAUUUCUGGUAUAUUCUCUCUGAUCCGAAUGAAAAACAAAUGGAAGAAAUUAUAACAAAGGGGGAACGAAGCAUGUACCCGAAAAUUCUUUUUAUCAAAAAUAGACUUUCAAUAGAAAAGGCGAUCGAGAAAGGUAGAAAAACAUCUACUGCAGAAUUGAGGGAAACGCAAAUGAAUGUGGCCUUGGCAUCUGAUGACGAUGAGGACUAUGUACCAAGCGAUUACAGUUUAGCUAAAUUCAAGGAUCGUAUUGGGGUUACUAGUAAAGAUUUUGACAUGUUGGGUAGCACACUCCGCGAUGACGAUGCUGAUGCUGACGUGGAUGAGGAUGAUAAUGAAGAUGAAGAUGAAGAAGAUGAAGACGAAAACGAUUACGAGGAAUAUGAUGUGGAGGAUCUAGAUGAUCCUUAUGAAAGCGAUGCUUUUGACCCUCAUAUUGUUCUGACCAAGGAAAGACGCCAUACUGUAUAUUGA